AUGUCCAGAUCAAAGCUUGAUGAUCUUGGAUUCCUGGAAUUGGCACCAGGUAUCGAUCCUGUCGAUAUCGUCGCUGUCCACGGUUUAGAUGGUCACAGAGAAGAAACUUGGACAACGGAAGAUGGAAUCCUUUGGCUGUGCGAUCUCCUGCCCUCGGAUUUGCCCAACGCCCGUAUCCUCAUGUAUGAAUACGAUGCAGAUACUCGUAGUCAAGAAUGCCGUACAGGCUACCCACGCCGUCCCAUCAUCUUCAUUGCCCACAACUUGGGUGGAAUACUCGUCAAAUGGACUCCCGUUAUAUGUCAUAAUCAGAGUUUGGCAUCACAGGGCAAUCUUCGAGACAUUCUAGUAUCUACUCAUGGCGUAUUAUUCUUUGGAACUCCACAUUCCGGCAUGGAAGCAACCCUCGUUGAAACAGUCAACCGAUUGGCGUCACUAUAUAUGAAAACAACAGAUACCAUCCUUAAGGAUAUCCGGGCGCAUUCUUCAGAUCUCGCAACUGUACAGAGUCUAUACGUCGAAGCAAGCGAAAGGAUCAGUAGUGUCUUCUUUUGCGAAGAGUACGCGACUCCGAUGGAGGGGAAGAGGCGAACACUGAACGUUCCUCAUCACUCGGCUGGGGCGAGCGGGUUCACCAGUCUAAACCCGUUUAUUGACGGAGGGUAUCGACAUGGGAGGGUACCGGAAAGUCUCUGCUAG